CACACACGCACCAACUGGGACUCAGACCAGAGGAAAUCGUGUUCGUCGGCAGCCAAGACGCAUCCAGAGCAGACCACGUCGAGGGGGACGGACGGAGUGAUAAGAAGGCACCGGAAUCACAGGGGGAGGCUGGUAGGAACAACACAGACGGGGGUUUAAUGCACGCAACAAAAAAACUAUUUUUUUAGCGGCGAGAGCAGAGCCUGUCCCCCGCACGCGGAGUCGGGUUACGCGAAGCUAAUUUCCCAACGUUUUCUAACUGGCAGCGAGAGUCACGUUUAUAACGAGAGCUAGCGGAAUGUAAUGCUAGCACGCUAGCUGGUGUUAGCUAGCUAAUUAGCUCGUCGGACGUUUGAUCUUUAUUUAAAUAGGCCACCGUUUGGCGUCGUUUUUACUUUUUUUUUUUUUGGUUGGAGGGGGAAAAAAAAGAGCUGUGCUUAAUGUGCUUUGUCCCGAGCCCUGGCAUAAUGUUCUGCCUCCAAUAGCUAAGUUAGACAAUAAACAGUACCAGCUUUUUAUUGAUGUAAACCAGUUCUCUACUGUCCGACUACGCUUCCUGGGAAAAGACAGAUCCAUCGUGAAUAUCGAGCCGUGGACGAGUCCAGCGGGGAAGAUACAGAAAAACAGACUUUUGACUGGUGACUGUCUGCUGUCCAAUGUUAAUGUCGACCGACGUUGCUUCCUUAAUGCUGCCCGUUAGUCGGGGAAUAAUGGAAAGGGACAUUGAUACGGCAGCCGGACCACUCGCGAACGAGGACGGGGGUCUGGCAGCAGCUGCAGCUGUCCGUGGGAUGAAACGAGGAGACCCGGAGCCCGACGCUCAGGCGGCCGCUGCGGUCCUGACCGAGGCGGAGUGCAAAAGACCCAAGAUAGACGGGACCGGGGCUGUUGUUGAUGACAUUGGACAGAACAAUGAGCCUUUAAAUCCCGGUUUCCACGGAUACCCACCUCACAGUCAGGGCUCUCAGGAUUCGACAGGAGGACAGGAGGGAUUGGUGGCCCCACCCUUUUCAGCGUUCCCCCCUCCGCCCCCUCCUCAAAACGGGCUGCCAGGGACAGAGUUUGGCCCCGGGGCCAUGUUUGGUGCUGGGGGCGCAGCAGACGUAGGGGCUGGUGCUAACGGAGCCGCCUCCACGACCGCCGCCGCCAGCAGCAACAACGGAAAGACGGAGGAGGUGCCCCAGGGUGAGACAGGUGUACUAUGUGGGACGGGAAGCACGGGGGGAGACGGCUCUGUGGGAGACCCCUCAGAGGCCAAAGGGUCCCCCAAACGCCUUCACGUCUCAAACAUCCCCUUCCGCUUCCGGGACCCUGACCUCAGGCAGAUGUUUGGGCAAUAUGGGAAGAUUCUGGAUGUAGAGAUAAUUUUCAAUGAGAGGGGCUCUAAGGGUUUUGGCUUUGUGACAUUUGAGACCAGCGCAGACGCAGAGAAAGCCAGGGAAAAGCUCCACGGCACGUUGGUGGAAGGCCGUAAGAUUGAGGUGAAUAACGCCACCGCCAGGGUGAUGACCAACAAGAAAAUGGUCAGCCCCUACCCUAACGGAGAGGCUCUCAGCACGCUGCCUUAUGCAGCGGGGUGGAAAUUGAGUCCUAUGAUGGGGGCCAUGUACGGACCUGAGAUCUACGCCGUCCCAGGGUUCCCAUACCCCUCAGCGGCUGCAGCAGCCACUACAGCAGCGGCGUUCCGCGGCGCCCACCUCCGGGGCCGAGGCCGGCCCGUCUACAGCGCAGUGCGGGCCGCCGUGCCUCAGCCCGCCAUCCCCACCUACCCCGGUGUGGUGUAUCAGGAUGGGUUUUACGGAGCUGCCGACUUAUAUGGAGGCUACCCAGCUGCUGCUGCUGCUGCUGCUGCUGCCGCCGCGUAUCGCUACGCCCAGCCCACGGCCGUAACCGGAGCAACCGCCGCAGCUGCCGCCUACAGUGACAGUUAUGGCCGGGUGUACACUACAGAUCCAUACCACGCCUUGAGUCCGGCCGCUGCUGCCUACGGAGUGGGAGCCAUGGCCAGUUUAUACCGGGCAGGCUACAGUAGGUUCGCCCCGUACUAAAAAACCACACAUCACACCCGAGGAAUUUCGCAG